CGUCGCGCUGUCGCCCUCCGCUUCCCGCUCCGGUGUCUACGGGGUUGGGGGAGAAGACUACGUUUCCUAGCCGCCCCAGCUUAACCCUUCCGGCGCCUAACCAGACAGCAGGCCGGUUCCUUGGGACUAGGAAGACCUCCCCGCAGUCGGCGGGCUUUGGUAACGCAACCCUAGGGUCCAAGGCAGGCAACUGCAACAGCAGCCCCCGGGCUCGGGCUCGGGAGUCAGGCUUCGCUGCGGGCGCGGAGGACGCGCUGGCUUUAAGAAGGGGGAGGGGACAGUGCAAUCCCGGUUGCCCGCGGAGUUCGGCAAAGGAAAUCUCCUGCUGCUAGCCUGAGAGCGGAGAGCGAGGAAGAGAGGCGGCUCCCAAUCCCAGCGCUCACCCCCGCCUACACCCUGGGCGGGCCCAAGUGUCACGUUUGCAACUGCCCAGGAAGGAUCCGGGCCGUCUCUGGAGGCGAGCGGGGCUGCGGUUUCUUGCUGCCCAGCCGGGAGGCGAUGCCUAGGGGGCAUGCUGCUAGCUAGGCGUCAUUCCGCCGGGAUCCGACUGCGUUAGUUAGCUCUCGCCGUCACCUGAAGCAGCCGCCCGGCCGCCCGUUCUUCCUCCGCAUCAGGCAGCGCUCCCCAGGAGACCCACUGGAACAGAACUAUGGGGCAUCCUCCGCUGGAGUUCAGCGACUGCUACCUGGACAGCCCCGAUUUCCGGGAAAGGCUCAAGUGUUAUGAGCAAGAGCUGGAGAGGACCAAUAAAUUCAUCAAAGACGUGAUCAAAGACGGCAACGCGCUUAUCAGCGCUAUGAGAAACUACUCCUCUGCUGUUCAGAAAUUUUCCCAGACACUGCAAUCAUUUCAGUUUGAUUUCAUCGGAGACACUCUGACUGAUGACGAGAUUAACAUUGCUGAAUCUUUCAAGGAAUUUGCUGAAUUACUCAAUGAAGUAGAAAAUGAGAGGAUGAUGAUGGUGCAAAAUGCUAGUGAUUUACUGAUUAAACCCCUGGAAAAUUUCCGUAAGGAGCAAAUAGGCUUCACAAAGGAGCGGAAAAAGAAAUUUGAAAAGGAUGGGGAAAGGUUUUAUUCUUUGCUGGACCGGCACUUACACUUGUCAUCCAAAAAGAAAGAAUCUCAGUUACAAGAGGCAGACCUCCAGGUGGACAAGGAGAGACACAACUUCUUUGAGUCCUCCCUCGAUUAUGUUUAUCAAAUCCAAGAAGUUCAGGAGUCCAAGAAGUUCAAUAUCGUGGAGCCAGUUUUGGCCUUUCUUCAUAGCCUCUUCAUUUCCAACAGCUUGACUGUGGAGCUCACACAGGAUUUCCUCCCAUACAAACAGCAGCUCCAGCUCAGUUUGCAGAAUACAAGAAAUCAUUUCUCCAGCACCCGGGAAGAGAUGGAAGAACUUAAGAAGAGGAUGAAAGAAGCUCCCCAGACAUGCAAACUUCCAGGACAACCAACCAUCGAAGGCUAUCUAUAUACGCAAGAGAAAUGGGCGUUGGGAAUAUCCUGGGUGAAAUACUAUUGCCGGUAUGAGAAGGAGACUAAAACACUCACCAUGACACCAAUGGAGCAGAAGCCGGGUGCUAAGCAGGGGCCCUUGGACUUAACCUUGAAGUAUUGUGUGAGAAGGAAGACAGAGUCUAUCGACAAGAGGUUCUGUUUUGAUAUAGAAACAAACGAAAGGCCGGGAACCAUCACUCUACAGGCCCUUUCAGAAGCUAACAGAAGGCUAUGGAUGGAAGCCAUGGAUGGAAAAGAACCUAUUUACCACAGCCCCAUAACGAAACAGGAAGAAAUGGAGCUGAAUGAAGUGGGGUUCAAGUUUGUUAGGAAGUGCAUCAAUAUCAUUGAGACCAAAGGGAUCAAGACAGAGGGGCUCUACCGCACUGUGGGCAGCAACAUUCAGGUUCAGAAGCUGCUGAAUGCCUUUUUUGAUCCCAAAUGCCCAGGAGAUGUCGAUUUUCAUAAUAGUGACUGGGACAUUAAGACAAUCACCAGCUCCUUGAAAUUCUACCUCAGGAAUCUUUCUGAACCUGUCAUGACCUAUAGGCUUCACAAAGAGCUGGUCUCUGCUGCCAAGUCUGAUAACCUGGACUACCGGCUGGGAGCCAUCCAUUCCCUGGUAUAUAAGCUACCAGAAAAGAACCGAGAGAUGCUAGAACUUCUGAUAAGACACUUGGUCAAUGUGUGUGAGCACAGCAAAGAGAAUCUUAUGACCCCCUCCAACAUGGGAGUGAUCUUUGGGCCCACCCUGAUGAGAGCUCAGGAGGACACUGUGGCUGCCAUGAUGAACAUCAAGUUCCAGAAUAUUGUUGUAGAAAUUCUAAUCGAGCACUUUGGAAAGAUCUACUUAGGCCCACCCGAGGAAAGUGCUGCGCCCCCAGUGCCUCCACCUCGGGUGACAGCAAGAAGGCACAAACCAAUCACAAUUUCAAAGCGCUUGCUGCGAGAAAGGACCGUGUUCUAUACUUCUUCCCUGGAUGAAAGUGAAGAUGAAAUCCAACAUCAAACACCCAAUGGUAUGAUCACCAGCAGCAUAGAGCCCCCCAAGCUGCCACAGCACCUCAAACUACCUACUCAGAAGAGUGGGGAAGUGGAUCCUGGCAGGAAGUCCCCAAACAAGCCUGUUUCUGAUGGCAAGUUGGAGCCCUGCACCGACGUGGACAUAGGGAGAUUGGUGUCUAGGUUACAGGAUGGAGGGAGCAAGGCCAUCCCGAAGGCCACCAACGGACCAGUGCCAGCCUCUGGGCCCACCAAGACCCCCUCUUUCCACAUAAAGAGACCAGCUCCCAAACCCGUGGCACACCACAAGGAGGGGGAUGCUGACAGUUUCAGCAAAGUGCGGCCUCCAGGAGAAAAGCCCACCAUCAUUCGUCCCCCAGUGAGGCCCCCAGACCCUCCCUGCCGGGCAGCUACUCCCCAAAAGCCAGAAACAAAGCCAGAUGUGGUGGCUGGCAACGCAGGGGAAAUCCCAUCAUCUGUGGUGGCUUCCAGGACCAGGUUCUUUGAAACGGCUUCCCGGAAAACAGGAAGUUCGCAAGGCAGAGUUCCUGGAGAUGAGAGUUGAGGCCACGGGUUGUAAAGAGCCAUGGCCUCAGGGGACCUUUCCAGGCUCUGAAAGGGUCUUCUUCAAACCCUGGUGUGCUGUCAUUUUGUGCUGAAGAGCAGCUCCUUCCUGGCCCUGCACCGUCAGGCUCUGGGAAGCCACGGAUAAGGGGCACAUGUCCUAGACAUGUGUUUAUUUCUCCUCUGUGUUCUGUCUUCAUCCCCUCAGAAGGUCUAUCUUGAGCUCCUGCAACACUGUGAAUGGCUGCACUCCCUCAAGCCAGACUCUGCUGAAACCAAGAUGGCCACUGACCUGAGUCGAAGAGAGGAGCCCAGUUUUCAAUUCCUGUCUGAACUUCCUGCUUCUUUAAAAGGCCAUCAAACGCUGGGCUAAAGACCAGUCUCAGGGGUCUUAUUGUGAACUAAAGGCCACUUAAGUUAUCGCCAUUGCUUAUCUUGGUUGGAGGGGAGUCGGAAUGUUUGCCGAAUAUUGGAGAAUCUUAACAUGUCCCUUACUAAGGAUAUGGACAGUGGUGCCAAUUUGGCACUCUGGUACUGCAAUAUGUUGUAAAGAGCCUCUGUGCUCCUGUGGGGCCAGACAGCAUGGGUGAUGCCUCUGCAACUCCCCCUGUGGACUUAGGAAGGUAGCCUUCCUGCUCUUGUGUACAGCCGCUUAGGACAAAUCUGCAAAGCAUGAUUUGCAUGUCACAGCAUAGGUCCAUCUGGAUUAGUGUUUCUCCUGUUCUCACCUAACAGGUUCCUUUCCAAGCAAUCAAGAAAAAAAAAAAUCAAAAAACUGGAAACAUUUCUUUAAAAAAUGAAGACACUGUUUGUCCUGUAAGAAUUCCAUUCUUGGGCCAAAGUGCUAGGGAAAAUUGCUAAGAUGGCUUGAGGCCAAGAAGCUGUCACUGCUGCUUCAUUUUUGCCUUCUGCAGAUAAGCUCUUUCAUCUCCCAAAAGGAGCCCUUCUUCACCCAGUGUCCAUGGAUUCAGGGUCUCAAUAAUGCCCCUAUGUUGGUAUGUAGAAUUCCCUGACAAUACGCCUUUUCUAGGGAGAUGGUCAAUAAUGUUCUAGUGAGUUUCAAAUGGGCUUGUGACCCAAUAAGGCUUAAGAACCGUAGCCCUUGAAAUAAAAGACUCUUUUUACAACCCAUGAAUUAUUGGAUUGGAAGGACCUUACAAAAUAAUUUAGUUUAUCUACUUUACAGUCAGAGAAACUGAACGACCACACCAAAACAAGGUCCCUAGUCAUUGGACUCCUAUACCAUGUUCUUUCCAUUCCAGCACACUAAUCUAGCAAGGGGCUGUAUGGUCAGGAGCCUUAGUGGCCAUCAUUCCUGGGAGUUUGGCUUUUACCUUCUUUCUUGAGUGCCACAUAAGUGGAAAAUUCAGGCAUAAGCCCCUAAUCCCCUUCAUUUACCACCUCACUCAUUGGAAAGAAAAAUAAAACAACAUUGGUGUGGUGGGGAAGAAAUCUGAGGAGUAGACAUUUCUAAUUGCUGCUUGGAAAAAGGAAGCUGCCAGAAGCAGUGUCAGGCCAUGUAUUCCCACACAGAUGACUGGGAGUCGUAGCCUGUCUUUAGGGUCUGCGUAAUGAAAAUAUUGAACAGUAUGAGAGAACAGUCUUUCCUACUUGCAUGCUUAUAGUAACAUCCUAAUAGGGCAUUGACUGUAGUACUGAGAAAUAGUAAUAUGGAGAGAAAGAGAAAGAAUGAUGAGAUCACACACAUAUGCCCAAACCAAGUCUGAGAUACCUUAGUAACUGAAAGGCAAUAGUUGCUUCCAAGAUGGAACUCCAAACAUUGUUUAUUGAUGAGUUAGGAACCUAUCAGCCAAAUAUAUUGAGAGCCUUUGUGUAAACAAUUGAAUGGAAACUUUAUGCAAUUCUAAAUCAAGAUGUGCCCAGGUGGCCACAUUGAAUUCUCUCCAUUUUAUCCAGUCUCAAAGGCUGAGUUGCUAAGAAACCAGGAGCAAAAGAGCCAAGUGGCCAUCAUUCCAGCUGCUGCUAUCCCCAAAGGGAGUCUCUGUGAGUUCUUGUUGAGCUCUGAUCUCAGAGCUGUGGCCUUCUUGCUCUGUCCUGUUGGAUGUAUAACUAAAGCAGGUAGGUAUGCAGAAUUUCACCAUAGGAGCAGUGGCCAGUGGGGCUCGGUACCUUUGAAGAUGAUAGAGGCAUGGUUUCCCUGUAGGUUCCUUGAGAGAAAAUACCAUAAUCACUACUACAAAAAUCCGAAGUUUAUUUGGAGCCAGAGAAAGCCACUGCAAUCCGAGUGGAGGAGUUGUCCUAGAAACAUAACCAUGAGAUUGAUGAGUGUUGCUUGGGACACGGGUUAAGAACCUAGCCUGGGGAGUGGGGACCACCACCCUGGAGGGGGUCCCCCAGAGCUCUGUCUGUGUUGGGUUGUACAGGAAGAACGCAAGAGUGAAACAUUGUUUGACAUUCUGCUUUAAUGAACAAAAUCCUCUGGAGAGGCAUGGUGCUGUGGAAUGAGACUGGCUGGCCUAGACUUAGUGGAUACAUAGUCAUUCAGAAAAGGCUAUGGAAGAUGGUGAUAACUGGAGAAUGGCAACUCUAGGAAAUUAUUGGCAUGUCUUGGCCAGCAGGUGAGAGAAACUGGCAACUGGUAAACUGUAAGUCCUGAUUUGUCAAUGCUAGCAAAAGAAUGCACAUUUAUUAAGCACCUACUAAGAACUAGGUGCUUCCUAUGCAUCAUUUCAUAUUUUGCCUCACAACAGCAAUCACACAAGUAAUUUUGCAAAUAAAUUAUGGCCUGGAGGGCUAAAGUAGCUAUCUCAAGGGCACAUAGAAAGUAAAUUCCAGAACUUUGAUUUGAAUAUGACUGUGUUUCCCAUGCUGUUCUCUUUUUGCCACACUGAGGCAGGUGUUUGAACACAAUCCACAUUACAGGGUGCUGGUAUGGAUGUUGCCUCUGGCCUACCUGACAAAACAUUAAAAAUCAGGCAUUUGAAGAAGUGAGGGAAAGCAAGUCUAGUUUACAAGAGAAUGAAAAUUAGGCUGAAAGAUAUUUCCAAAUUGGGUUUUCUCAUCACCUUCAGCUAUACAUUUGGUAAUGUCUCUAAAAACCUUGUAAAGGAUUUGUGUUUCAGUUGGUGAUUGUUAGGUCAAUGACAGCCGUUUUACAAAGGGAGAAAUGGCCUUUGUGUAUAACUCUAUUUCACCAAGGCUGUCGCAUGGACAAUUUCCCCGCAAGAGACUAACGACAUCCACACAUGCAGUUUGAGAAGCAGGAAAGGUCUCAGUGCCUCUGCGGCAACUUAUGCCUUGAGGUCAGUUUGCUACAGUUUUUUCUGUGGUGAUAGCAAAAGUCAAAACAUGGGUUAGAAAAAGAAAUAUUUAAAUUUUUUUGAAGUUUUGUUUUUGAAAGAGGUGUGUGUGUAUGUGUGUGUGUGUGUGUGUGUUUGGGUAUACAAGCACAGAUGGACAAAACUAAGCAAUCCAAUUUUAGUAAUACAAUAGUGUCCUAUAGAGUAUUUGUAAAAUAAUUGGCUAUUGCAGAAAAGUAUUAUUCCCUUUUCAAGAGGUUCCUUGAUUCUGUAAACUCUAGAACAAGUAAAGCAGUAGAAGCAAAAGUAGUUCUGUGACUAGAAAAAAUUCAUUUUGAGAAAAUGUUGACCAAUUAUACUGCUUUUAAAGUAGCUGCACAUAAGUGGCCUUGACACAUUGCAAGCCCAGAAAAACUUCAGAAACAAUAACAAAAAGUUGCAGAGAGAGGCAAGAUACCUUGCAGAGCUGUUUCCAAUGAAGAAAAGCCUUUAUUUUUAGUGGGGGAUAUGAAGCUCUUGAUGCCACGAACAGUGAUAGAGGGCUAGAAAAGACUGCUUCUUUGAUACACACAUAUGCAAUGUCAGAAAAAAAGAAUAAGAUCCUAGAGCCCAUUUAUGUGACUUUUAAUAAAAUAUGCAGAU